AACAAAAAAAAAGAAACAUCUCUGAAUUCUGAACUGCACGGGCUCUGUACCUUAUCCCAUCUUCCUCUCUCCGUCUCUCGUUUUCUCUCUCCUCUCUCUCUCUCUCCCCUCGCUCUGCAACAAAUCUCCCAAUCCAAUCUCACCAUUUUCAUCUCUCCAAAAAAAAAAAAACAAGAAAAGAAAAGAAAAACUCUUCUCCGAUCAAAUUAACCCAAUAGAACUCGGUUUUUAUUCCAUGGACGGCAACAACACCACCGCCGCCGCAGCCCAACAGCAGAGCCAACCGGCGGCGUUUCCUGCGGCGGCGACGGCGACGGCGGCGCAAUCGGGCUUACCGGCGACAGCGCCGUUCCACCACCUGCUCCAGCAGCAGCAGCAGCAGCUGCAGAUGUUCUGGUCGUACCAGCGGCACGAGAUCGAGCAGGUGAACGACUUCAAGAACCACCAGCUCCCCCUCGCCCGCAUCAAGAAGAUCAUGAAAGCCGACGAGGACGUCCGCAUGAUCUCCGCCGAGGCCCCCAUCCUCUUCGCCAAGGCCUGCGAGCUCUUCAUCCUCGAGCUCACCAUCCGCUCCUGGCUCCACGCCGAGGAGAACAAGCGCCGCACUCUCCAGAAGAACGACAUCGCCGCCGCCAUCACCAGAACGGACAUCUUCGAUUUCCUCGUCGACAUCGUCCCCAGGGACGAGAUCAAGGACGAGGCCGCUCUCGGCGGGAUGGUGGGGGCCACCGCCCGCGGCGGC